CCGUUUCAUUGUGUUUUAUUCUCUGUCACUGCCAUGUACUGCGUCGGAUCCUUGCGUUGCAGAGAUGAGUCAGAGGCGGCUACUAUUUUAACGCCUUGAUUGGAGCUUGCUUUGGCUCGGAUUCAUGGUUUUAGUGUGUAGAUCGGGGUUGGUUGAUUAGAUUUGUUGGGGUGGUCUUAGAUUAUUUCAAAGAGGUGAAUUAGCUCGCUAGAUUCCUGGAGAUGGUUAUCAUUCAGGGGGCGGUCGGUGUCUGACGUGGACGGGUAGUGCGAUUGGAUUUUGUGUGGAUUUUGGGUGGGCGGCGGUAGUUUCUAGUUUGUUUGCAAUGCGGAGAUAAAAGAGCGGUGAAUUGUAUUAGCGAAUGCAGAGCCUCUCGUGAUUUGGGUUGUCUAGGACGUGUUUUGAAGAUGCACUGUUUGGGAAGAAUUUAACGUUUUUCAUACGUUAUCGAGCGAUUGUGGAGUGGAAGCUCAUCUUGAGGUUGCGGUCGAGAAGGACACAACUAUAUCCCCUCAAUCAAUCCGAUUCGUCCUUCAGGACUUAUGAGACUGACGGCUUUUCCGAUUCUGUUUAUUCUUAAAGACCUCUUACACUGGUUGAAUCUGUGCUUCAAAUAUUUGAAAUCGAUUUCAAGACAGGACGGGUGGACUUUAUUUUGAUAUGUGUGAAAUGGAAAUCAACAACUGGAUCCGUGCACUCUGCAUAACAGAUUAUCAGCAAAGAGCCUUCACCAGGAAAAAAAAAAAAAAAAAAAAAAACUAAAACGACCUUAUGCCGCAUUGUUAAAGGGUUGCCAGCGAACCCAACAGUCUAGCUUCUAGGCGUAUUCUGUGCACCACUAAAUCAGAGGGCGGCUGGAGUAUUGGACUUUUGGUCGAAUCGGAGAAGAAGUGUAGGGUGGUUAGAAUUCAGGGGGAGCUUUCGAUUGUGGUGGAGAGAUCAUUGAAUUUUUGCUCAUGGUAACAUGUGAAGCAGUUGGGAGAACAGGUCAUCUUGUUGAUGAGCGGAUGGGAGGCCGCACUGUACAGCGGCGUGAACUUGCUCCCUCGUUGUUUAGGAAGAAGCUGACCCAAGAAGUUCAGCGCAAGUUACAGAAGGCACUUGAUUUUCCCGCUCAGAGAGGAGAAUUACUCCGGCAGCUCUUCACAGAUGUUGCCUUGGAAGUGGAUGCUCGUGCUCAAGAGAGACUUUAUGGCUCCCCACAAGCUGCCGAUGGCGUUGAGAACUGUGGUUUUAUGACGGCAAACGGCACUUUUCCACGUGUAUGCUUCUAUGAAGUUUUUGCACAACACUAUGCUCAAGUCCCAGAGGAUGGGAAGGAAAUUCUUCCUUUGUUCUUGCAACUGUGGAGUCAAUCCUUUGUCUCUCAAAUAUUUGCGCUGCUCUUCCAUCGUUGGUGGAUCCGACAGUUGUUUGAGAUUCCAAGACAAGAGUCAGAGGGAUCUUUGCGAUACUCGACAGCAUUUGUCGAAGGCGCGAGCAACAUCUUUUGGAUUGAUUUGCAAAGUAACGUGCGGCGAUUUUACUCUAUGUUUAAUUACACGUUUGAGGAGGUUGUCUUAGACAAUGGUCGCCUCUCAAGUUUUCCCAUUCAGGCUCGACAAGAUCUUCUUUUGUUGCUUUCUAGAUAUAUGUUAUAUUAUGAACCAGCCGACAGACUUCGAUACUAUUUAAAGAACUUCCCCAAGACGGGCAAUGUUGUUCUAGAACCAGCAGACAUGUUUGUCACGGAGCUGACGGAUCAGUUGCAAAAGGUGAAGGUGGAGCCUGUGCUGCUUCAUUAUCUCACGAACAUGAAAGCUUUGAAAGGUGUGGAGUUGCGGGCAACUACAAGUACACGAUUAAAAACUGCUUUAUAUUCCUUCACAGCCCCUGGAGGACCUAUGUACCCAACUCGACCAGUGCGACAUGCUGCGUGGGAAACCCUGGACGUUCUUUUUCCAGUUGGACGGCACUCAAGGCACCUUAUCAGUCUCUUUUUCCGAUUGCUUCACCCGUAUUACUGGCCAGUAUCAGCCUGGAAUUUCACAAUUACAACAAUCAAAGCCAUGUAUGCAAAGAUUAUGAAAAUGGUAUUUGGUUUCUUUGGGUUUAUACUGAUGAUUUUUGAGAAAAUCGCGGGUAUCCGCCAUGUAGUGCAUGAUUAGCAGCCCGCCAAGUAUGGUUUCUUAGCUCAUUUUUGGAGUAAAACUGCAAUAAGUGAUUCAUCCUGAUUGUUUUUGAAUUGCAAACUCGAAAAGGUUUGUCGACUGGUUUUGAA